UGCAGUCUCUGGUCAUCCCCUGUACUGUCCGCAGUCUCUGGUCAUCUCCUGUACUGUGUCCGCAGUCUCUGGUCAUCUCCUGUACUGUGUCCGCAGUCUCUGGUCAUCUCCUGUACUAUGUCCGCAGUCUCUGGUCAUCUCCUGUACUGUGUCCGCAGUCUCUGGUCAUCUCCUGUACUGUGUCCGCAGUCUCUGGACAUCUCUUAUACUAUGUCUGCAGUCUAUGGUGAUCCCCUGUACUAUGUCCGCAGUCUCUGGUCAUCUCCUGUACUAUGUCCGCAGUCUCUGAAUAUUUUUUUU